UAAAUCGUAAUCCUAGCGCCACAAACACGUGGAGUGAAUAAAUAUGGCCACAGAAGUACAAGGAGAACAUAAAUCAAAGAAAAAGAAGAAGUCAUCAGUUGAUAUUGGGGCUGCACAGCAUAGUGAUGAUUUCUUAAUACCCCCAACCAAGAAUCCUACAACUCUUGACACAUCUCAAUGGCCUCUUCUGCUCAAGAACUAUAAUAAAUUGAACUGUCGUACUGGACAUUUUACUCCAUUAACUUCGGGUUGCUCUCCGUUGAAAAGAGACCUCAAGGAUUAUAUCUCGAGUGGAUUUAUCAAUCUUGAUAAACCUGCCAAUCCUUCUUCACAUGAGGUAGUUGCAUGGAUAAAAAGAAUUCUACGUGUGGAGAAGACAGGUCAUAGUGGAACAUUAGAUCCUAAGGUCACAGGUUGUUUGAUUGUAUGUAUUGAUCGAGCCACACGUCUCGUGAAAUCUCAGCAAGGAGCAGGGAAAGAAUAUGUUUGUGUUGUUCGUCUUCACAAUGCUAUUGAAAGUGAGACAAAGCUGGCACAGGUAAUUGAGCAGUUGACUGGUGCGUUGUUUCAAAGACCGCCGUUAAUUUCAGCUGUUAAAAGACAACUAAGAAUACGAACAAUAUACGAAAGCAAGCUUAUCGAAUUUGACACAGAUCGUCAUCUAGCUGUUUUUUGGGCCAGUUGUGAAGCCGGGACAUACAUUCGAACAUUAUGUGUACAUCUUGGUUUUUUGCUUGGGGUUGGAGCGCACAUGCAAGAAUUACGUAGAGUAAGAUCGGGAAUUCAGUCUGAAAAGGAAGGAAUGGUGACCAUGCAUGAUUUACUUGAUGCUCAAUGGUUGUAUGACAACUCUAAAGAUGAAUCUUAUUUACGUCGAACAAUUAAACCAUUGGAAGCAUUAUUGACAUCCCAUAAACGUUUAGUUGUAAAAGAUAGUGCCGUAAACGCCAUAUGCUAUGGUGCAAAGCUGAUGUUGCCAGGUGUACUUCGUUAUGAAUCUGGUAUUGAACUUAAUGAGGAAGUCGUGAUGAUGACAACGAAAGGAGAAGCUAUUGCUCUAGGUAUUGCAUUGAUGACCGCGUCAACUAUAGCAACCUGUGACCACGGUAUUGUCGCAAAAAUUAAGCGAGUUAUCAUGGAGCGAGAUUGCUAUCCUCGGAAAUGGGGCCUGGGUGAAAAGGCUUUAGCAAAGAAAAAAUUAAUCGCUGCAGGAAAACUUGGUAAAUAUGGAAAACCAAACGAAAGUACUCCACAACAAUGGCUUAAAGAGAAUCCGUACUUGAUUGACCAGAAACCUGAUAAACUACCCGUGUCUGAACCAGCCGCAGACGAAAAGCCUCCAGUAUUGGCAGUGAAGAGAAAGCAUGAAGGUGAAACAGAAUCCGACUCAAGCGAAGACGCCUCGAAGAAAGAGCCUAAGGUUAAAGAGAAGAAAGAAAAGAAGAAAAAGAAAGCGAAAUUGGAUUGUUCUAGUCCAGAUGAGUCAACGAACAAAGAGAAGAAAAAGAAGAAGAAAAAGAAGAAGGAAAAGGAAAAGGAAAAAACCGAAACGGAAAAAUCCGAUUGAGUAUUCCACUUUUUAUUAAAAUAUAUUAUAAUUUGACCAAAACAUUUGUAAAAGGUACAUUUGAGGAAUUGAGCACUUCACUUCGGGUAUUGUACGCCAGCACUAUCUGAAUAGUUAACACAUGUUUAUUGUUAUAUGGAUAUAAAUAAAUAUUCGUUUUGGGUACGUUUUCUUACUCCGGAGCAAUUUAUGGAAUACGUUGGCCACGUCUCCAACUUCUAACAGUGAAGACUGUAUAUGUACAGUAGAACUGCCUCAGUAAAUGUUUUAUAUUACUUAGCUAAUAAUGCAUAAAUUGGACUCUCCGAACAAGAAUAAACACUGUUUUUAGUUUUUUUAAAGAACAAGGUAGUUGAGAACAUCCUCUAACACCAACAGAUCUUUAUUCUAUAAUAGUACCAUUUGUCAUUCUUUCAAUGUUCCAUUAUGCAUCAGCCAAAAGCAUAUUGGUUGCAAAGAAGGGCCUGUG